ACGGUAGCGUGCCUGGCGCCAAAUUUUGAAAAGUGGGAAGUGUUUCUGGUGUUGACUACAACAGCUCUCCGCAUAACGUCGUGGUUUGUUUAGACGUUAUUACGAUAUAUCGAAAAAGGAUUACUUUGGAAAAAGGACAACGUAAAGAUGCACAUCAAAUCUAUUAUCUUAGAAGGGUUCAAGUCCUACGCGCAGAGGACGGAAAUUAACGGAUUUGAUCCGCUCUUCAACGCUAUUACCGGACUCAACGGGAGUGGAAAAUCCAACAUUCUCGACUCGAUAUGCUUUCUACUGGGAAUAUCCAACUUGUCUCAGGUGCGAGCAGCAAAUCUCCAAGAUUUGGUGUACAAGAACGGUCAGGCCGGUAUCACCAAAGCCACCGUGUCCAUAACUUUCGACAACGCAAACAAGAGUCAGAGUCCGCUUGGAUUCGAGACCCACGACGAGAUCACGGUCACAAGACAGGUGGUGAUAGGUGGUAGGAACAAGUACCUGAUCAACGGGGUGAAUGCCAACAACACCAGGGUACAGGAUCUGUUCUGCUCUGUGGGACUCAACGUUAACAACCCCCACUUCCUCAUCAUGCAGGGGAGAAUCACCAAGGUUCUGAACAUGAAACCGCCUGAGAUCCUAGCCAUGAUAGAGGAGGCAGCAGGAACCAGGAUGUACGAGUGUAAGAAGAUCAGCGCCCAGAAAACCAUUGAGAAGAAAGAAGCCAAACUGAAAGAGAUCCAGACGAUCCUGGAUGAAGAGAUCACUCCUACCAUGCAGAAGCUGAAGGAGGUAGGAAGUCCCGUUUUUAGGAUGUGUUUUUAG